GUCUACCACCGACUUUUGGUAUGCAAUGGAUUGAAGGCUCUCAUCCACUUCUACACAGGGCAAUUACUUUUGGACUUCUUGUGCUUAUGGGUAGCAGAUGGCAGACACUUGCCAAUGCUCUUGGAUGACAUUAUUGUGUCUCAAGUUCUCAGCUAGUUUUCAGCUUCCACAGGAGGAGGGUACGCCUUUCUGGAAGCUCUGUUUGAAGCAGUUUGAUGAUCUCCUUGUGAAGAUUCUGAUUGGAGCAGCCAUCAUCUCGUUCUUACUUGCCAUCUUUGGGGGCGAGGAUGGCUACAGUGCAUUUGUGGAGCCCUUGGUCAUUUUGCUCAUUCUCCUGGCAAAUGCUGCAGUGGGAGUCAUCACAGAGAGCAAUGCAGAAAAGGCUAUUGAGGAGCUCAAAGCCUUGCAGGCUGAUGUCGCCACUGUCUUACGAGGCGGUAUUCCAUCAGUGGGACAGGGGAUUGUAUGUAUACUGCUUGAUUGUUCUACCCCUGUUCCCACUCUCCCUACCCCCCUGUAUUCUGUGAACACCGGCACCUCUCAAGUACCGCAUCAGUUCAGACUGAUGCCGAUGGAACAGGACACCGGGGCACUGCCACGGCGCAGUGCCUGGAUCGCAGUUCGUGCCCGCCCUGCAGUACCUCCAAGACCCAAGAGAUUCAGCAGACGGACGACUCCAGCAGCAUCAAGUACGGCAUUGACAGUACAAGACACCACCGGAGAUCUUCCCGCAUGCCCGGUCCGAGAGGCCAGCGAGCCUUUGGCUGACUAUUGUGGGCGGCUACAGGCAUUUACAAACGCCGUAGCCGCCGCCGAGGCUCAGCAGGCUGCGGCAGAGGCAGAACGUCAGCGGCUGGCCAAUGAGGCGGCAGCCGAAGCUCAGCAGACAGCUGAGACUGACGAAGCGGCACGAAACAGACGGAAUGCCGCCAGCACGGAGUCCCUGAUUGCUAGUGAGCAUCAGUGGACAACGGUACUCCAAGGCAUGAUCUUUGUGCCUACGGAAACGCAGGCGGAGCCGACACAGGCGGAUGCAGAGAGAAGUAACCUGGCUACCGUGAUGUUGAACGUAAUGAGGGGAGUAAUGUGGAACAACAAACUACUGCAGGCACACCUGCACGCGGAACGACAGCAAAGACAGCAGUACCAGCAAGACCUGGCCGCUGUAACGGCCGACGUCCACGACGCAGCAACGCAGCAGCAGCAACAGCAACAGCUGAUGAACUCUACCAUCGCACGCAUCAACGGCAUUGAGGCCAAGGCCUCAGCGGCGCCAGGCUGCACGACGGACGCAACGAAGCAAAUCAACGAACGCAUCGAUCACGUCGUCACCAUCAUCGGCGACAUAGGUGUUUUCAACGGACCGGACACGAUCAGCAGCACGGUGGCCGCCAUCAAGACGGACAUCACCAAGCUACAGACGACACCGGACGCCGCUACAAAGACGUUCAAGAUGCCGCACUUCGACAUCUGCAAGCUCGACGACUACAAGUCGGACGCUUUGACAUGGUGGCAACGUUUCCUCACGGAAGCGUCAUGCCGAACUGUCCCGGCGAACGACAUGUUGAAGGCACUCUAUUUGCAACUGAUUGGAGGAGCGCAAGCAUGGAUGAACCACCUGGCGGCCACCCACAAGUGCACCAUCGCCGAACUCCACACGCACAUCACGUGGAAGGAGUUCGAGCAGCUAUGGUUCACCCGGUUCAUGGUCCGCAACGUCGUGAAGGCGGCCAUGAAUGAGGUGUACACAUGCUCUCAGGGGAACAUGCCAAAUCGAGACUGGACAACGAAGUGGCAAAAGAUAGUGACCACACCAGGCUUCGACUUGACGUUCCCAAAUCAACGAUCCGAGUUCUUCUUGCGAUCACGCGCGGGAUUGAGGCCGGCACUCGGUAAUGAGUACGACUAUACCACAUUCCAGGGCAUUCUGGAUCGAGCGAACUUGGUCAUCCAAACGAACGACAAGGCCGCUAACGAGAGACAAUCCCAGCCGCACUAUGUGGCUAAGCAGGCCUAUCAACCACCAGCUCCGUUGACGGACGACGGGGUAGCGGUUGCCGAUCUCCGCUCCUAUCUUGCGAAGAUCGACCGCGAGCACGCCACCCAAAGGUACGCCGAAACCGACGCACCUUUGCUCUAUAUCCGCAUUCAAAUCGGAAAGGCAACCUGUAGUGCCUUGAUUGAUUGCGGAGCGUCUCGCAACUUCAUAAGUCAAGCCUUCAUGGCCCGCGCAGGUCUUGGCCCGCGCGUUCGAAGAAAGACGCAACCUACGCAAGUUACACUCGCGGACGGCCGCACGCAAAAGUCAAUUGACCGAUGCGUUGACGGCGUUCCGGUCUAUUGUGCGCCACUUACGUGCGAGCCGGUGUCUUUUGACAUCCUCGACAUCAACUUCGACAUGAUUCUAGGCAUGUCUUGGUUGCGUAGCGCCGAUCAUCCGGUGAACUUCCAUGACCGAACCGUUCACAUUUGUGAUCGGAACGGAGUGUUAGUCCCAUGUACGGUYGYGACCCCUCACACUUCGAUUGCUUGUCACGUGGUUUCCGUUGCGCGGAUUCACGACGCCAUUGCUCGGAAUGACGUCGAGGAGAUGGGCCUUGUAUUCUUGCAUGCUCUCCCCUCGCCGGACGGACCAGCUGCGUCACUGCCGGACCCACGCAUUUCUCACCUCUUGGACGAGUAUAGAGACGUCUUCGAGGCUCCCACCGGAACGGUUCCGGAUCGGCCCAUACGUCACGGGAUCACUCUCGAGGCUGGCGCCGUCCCUCCGCGUGGAUGUAUCUACCGCAUGAGCGAAGAGGAACUCGAGGUGCUUCGCGCACAACUCGAUGAUCUUCUCAACAAGGGUUGGAUUCGCCCUAGUUGCUCGCCAUACUGUGCACCUGUUCUCUUCGUCCGGAAGAAGAACAAAGAUCUACGGUUAUGCAUCGACUAUCGGAAACUUAACGCACAAACCGUAAAGAACGCCGGCCCUCUCCCUCGGAUUGAUGAUCUCCUUGAGCGGUUAGACGGCGCGACGUACUUCUCGAAGUUGGAUUUGAAGUCAGGUUGCCACCAAAUUGAAAUUCAGCCUCAAGACCGGUACAAGACCGCGUUCAAGACGUGGUACGGGCAUUUUGAGUGGGUCGUCAUGCCAUUUGGACUCAUCAAUGCCCCCGCAACGUUUCAAGCAGCGAUGAUGACUGAGUUUCGUGACUUGCUCGAUCGCAGCGUCCUCAUCUACCUUGAUGAUAUCUUGGUUUAUACGAUAGCCGACUUACAUCAGGUCAUUGUUGUGUUCGUUUUCUGCUGCGCUGUUGGCUAUUGGGAUCCAGGGAGGCUAUCUAUUAUUCCAGCUGCGGAGGUUGUUUGUGGUGACAUUGUUGAAGUCAGUGGUACCUCGAAGACGAAGCUCGAGCUAUGGCGCUGUGCUGCAGGUACCUCGAAGACGAAGCUCGAGCUAUGGCGCUGCAGUGGGGGGGCUAGGCCGACGAGACACAAGCUAGGCAGCACCAAUGCAGGCAUGGGGAAAGAGCAAGUGCAGCCUGUUUCCGUCAAGCCUUCAUCAAGCAAGUCAGCGCUGUCAACAACGACGGCCAUCAACAAGGAUGCAACACCUGCCACUGAUCCUGAUCUCUUUCAAGCCAAGGACGAGAACGAGCAUAAGAAGCUGCUGAAGAAGAAUGCAGUUUGGAAGUGGGGCGAAGAGGGGCAGGAGGCAGUCCCAACAGGACGUGGGGAGUAUUGGCUGAAGUGUCGCCUUUGCUCCAAGGUGUUCAGGGGCCCAUCAACAAAGGCAGUGGAGCAUUUCUUGAAAGUGCAGAAACCGUGUCCUUUUCGGACGGGGGAGAUUGUGGAUGAGGUUGUUAAUCAGGGAGGCAAGGUCAACCCCAAAGACAAGAAAACCCGGUACUUGCUGCAAAACUUCAGAGCACUUGCCAGGGGCGCAGAGGGGGGCGAUGAGGCUCCGGAGGAUGCAUUAGAUGCGGACGAUCCAUCGUCUUGGCCGGUGCCUCCGCCUGUUCGAGGGCGGUCUGUUCCACAAUUUGUUGCACUGAUCGCAAGAACAGAUGACGAAGCUGCAGUGAAGGGUGAUGAUGGCAUCGGUGGAGGGGCGUCCCGUGUUGUGCUGGCGAAGACGCAGACCGCAAUAAGAAAGUGGAUUGACAACGACGCACAAAAAAAGUUGGACAUUGCAUCGGCGGAACCAAUGUUCAGGGCUGGAAUUGCUUUCAACUUCUUGAACUUCGAUACCACGCAGGCUCUUCACGACGCUUACUUGGAGGUUGCCAAUGCAAAGCCGAAGGUGAAGUUGCCUACCUACAAGCAUAUGCUGACUGUUAUGUUGGACUACAUCUUCCUGAAGGUCCCGAAGGAGGCAGUGUUGAAUGAGAUGGUGGACGAAGGUUGUGCAACGAAGUGGCGGGCAUUGAGAUGGUCGGGAGAGAAGCUGCAGAAAAAAGACCACCUUGUCUACUACACUGUGAGGUCAGAGAGUUGGUGGGCCAUAGUGAGGAAAAUUGUGGCAAUUAUGGAGCCGGUGUACAGCCUCCUGAAGAGGAUGGACAGGGAAGAAGUUUCUCCCACUAACCUUGUGGAGUUCGACGAUCUCAUUGCGAGGAAAUUAGCAAACAUCACACUCACGAAGAAGGAGAGGGAGGAUGUGAUGGACAAGGUCAAGGACCGCGUGGAGAUGAUGCGGCAGCCCAUUCAUGCAGCUGCGUUUUUGUUGGAUCCACGGAAGAGAGACCCAGGCUGGCUCAACGAUCCGGACCGCACCCUCGUGCAAAACGCAAUGCGCUUCUUUUGCAGGCAGAUCAGAGCGGAGUGGGAUUCGAAGCCGUACAUGGACAUGCGGGAUCAUCUGUACGAGUUUUUGAGAGAGCCUGUGGAAGGGGAAUUGCAGCAGAUCACCAUCAACGUGUUGGGAAUGUGGAGCACGGCGACACCCGCGGAGCGGAACUGGGCAUCGAUGGAUUUGAAGCAUAGAAACAGUCUCUCGUCAGAGUCCUUAGAGAAGUUGGCUUACAUUCACUGGAACAUGCAGUUGCUGCAUGUUCCAAAUAGCAAGGACAAUGGCUACGUUGAUGUGUGGGGAUCCUUCUUCGAGACGUUGAUGGAGCCGACAGCGGAAGAUGGAGCUGUCGAGGAUGCCACGGAGGAUGAGACAGCGGACAAUAUCGAGGAGGAAAAGAGGCAAAAGAGACUGAAGAAGACUCCAAAAGACCGGAUUCCGAAGAGCCUGCUGGAUGACGACUCAAGUGGAGCAGCGAUCUUCAGGAUCUCAUCUGGAAGGGGAAGUGUUGGAACGAGUCGACUUCCGAAGAGAGCGACGCCGGCGGUGUCGGCCACUACGUACAUCGGUCGGAGGCUUAGGAGGCGAGAGGAGGCAGAGGUGCUGCCUUCCGAGGCCAUCGACAGACUGGACACCGAUACCGAGUUCUUGGCGCACCCUACGCCUGAUGCCGACGAGGAGGAAGCUGCUCGGGCCAAGGCUAUGGUAGAUAGGGAUGCCGCUUUGGUUCAGAGGCGGAUGUGUGAGGAGGAGGCUCACUGUGCUGCUGUCCCCACCCGGAGGGAGAGAGAGAGACAGAGCAAACAGGUCAGCCAACAUGAGGAGGAGCAUAGUGAUGAAAAGGAUGAAAGGGUGGACAACAUGGAGGUAGAUGAGGCUGCCGUGCGUGCAGAACAUGAAGGGAGUUUGCAGCAUGCGGGAGUGGAUAGUGAAGCACUCGGAGAAAAAAAUGUGCAGCAAGAAGGAGAAGAAAGUUUGCCGCGAGAUGGGGGUGAUAUGGAGGAUGCCGAAAAAGAUCAGCAGCAAGACGGAGAGGAACUGCAGCAACCAGCACCAUCAACGGUUUACAGACGAAGACCCCGCCCACCGCCACUGCAGAAGCCUGCACCGCAAGAGCCGCGGAAGGACCAGCAGGCUGUGGCUGUGGAGCAGCCAGAAAAACUCGGACCAACGGUGAGAGGAGCAGCGGCCCACUCCGGCAGACCCCCGUACCCAGCACAGAAUGAGGAUGCCCAACAUGACAACAUCUGGAAAAGCAGGGCGGGGCGAAAGAGGAAGGCUCCAGUGAAUGAAGUCCCCACACCACGUCGCCACCGCGGGAGGCCCCGCAAGGAGAAGACGGGGCACAAAGCUGCACCAAAGUCGGAACGUGGUCGUGGAAGGCCCUGCAAAGUGCAAGUUUCGGAGGAUGACCCUGACUCAGAUGGCGGCGUUGGUUGCAAGAUCCCAGCAGACAUGCGGCUCAUAGAAUUGAUGAGCACUCAGCUCAGAGUGGAUCAGGCCAUUCUGACAGGUGAGAGCGGAUCUGUGUCGAAGAGCAAUGAAGCAACUGCAACUCUGAAGGCGGUUUAUCAAGAAAAGACGAACAUUCUCUUCUCUGGCACAGUUGUGACAGCAGGAAGGGGAAGGGCCGUGGCAAUUGCUGUAGGUUCCCGAACAGGGAUCGGAAAGAUUCGUGCUGCAAUGUCUCAAUCAGAGGAAGAAAUGACGCCUCUGAAGAAGAAACUUGAUGAGUUUGGGACAUUCCUUUCGAAGGUUAUUGCAGUCAUUUGCAUCCUUGUUUGGGUGGUGAACAUCGGUCAUUUUCGUGAUCCUACGCAUGGGGGUUUCUUAAGGGGUGCAAUCUACUACUUCAAGAUUGCGGUUGCACUGGCAGUUGCAGCGAUACCAGAAGGCUUGCCUGCUGUUGUCACCACUUGUCUUGCGUUAGGAACCCGGAAGAUGGCUAAGCUGCAUGCAAUAGUUCGAACCCUCCCUUCUGUUGAGACGCUCGGGUGCACCACGGUAAUCUGCAGCGACAAGACAGGGACAAUAACUACAAACAUGAUGUCAGUGGCAAAGGUUUGUGUGGUUCGUGGCACAGAUUAUCCCCUCACACAGGAAUUCAGUGUGUCUGGUAACACAUAUUUUCCAGAGGGUGAGGUAACAGAUGAGUCAGGGUCACAGGUGCAAAUUCCUUCAGAAAUGCCUUGCCUGCGCGAACUUGCAGGCUGCUGUGUGCUUUGCAAUGACUCAUCCCUCCAAUAUAAUCCACAAACAAAAGAAGCAGAAAAGAUUGGAGAGUCAACAGAGGCAGCUUUGCGCGUACUUUCUGAAAAGAUUGGCAUCCCAGGAUUUGGCACAAUGCCAGUGGCAUUGACAGUGCUCAGCGAACAUGAGCGAUUGCUAUUCUGUAAUCACUAUUGGGAGCAGAAGUUCAAAAAGGUUGCAUCACUGGAGUUCUCAAGAGACAGGAAGAUGAUGAGUGUUCUGUGUGUUGAUAAGGAGAGAGAGGUGCUGUUUGUGAAGGGAGCACCUGAAGUAAUACUUUCACGAUGCAGCUCAGUGCUGUGUAAUGACGAUGGGGUCAGCACCUCGUUGACAAAUGAGAUUCGGGAAGAGAUCCGUGACAAGUUUUUUAGUGGAGACGAUAUGGCCGAGGUAUUCGACGCUCGAAGUGGCAAACGUACAUUUGCUGAGCUUGGCGUAGAAUUUUUGCUCUUAGAGGAUCGCGAGGACUUGGCGGAGGUGCUGAAGGUGGGACUUGAAGGUGGGGCUGAAGACAAGGAUGUCAUCAAGGUAGACAAUGACACAGACUUCGAGGAGGUUGCGGAAGAUGUGGUUCAUGGUGGAUUGGAAGGUAGCGGGGGCAUUGGUGAGUCCGAAUGGCAUCACGAGGAACUCGUAGUGCCCGAACCGAGAGCGGAAGGYGGUCUUGUGRGUKUCCUCCUCGCGGAUACGGAUCUGGUGGAAGCCACUACGAAGGUCGAUMUUGGUAAAGKACUUGGCUCCACAGAGACGAUCAAGGAGCUCGGAAAUCCGAGGUACGGUCUGUACGAGUUUGUGGUGAUGCCUUUCGGGCUUUGCAAUGCUCCUGGCACCUUUCAGCACUCUAUGAAUCGGAUAUUCCAUGACUACUUGGAUAAGUUUGUCAUCGUGUACCUUGAUGACAUACUUAUUUUUAGUAAGACAGUCGAGGAGCAUGUUGCACAUUUGGACAAAGUCCUCAGCCUCCUGCGACGGCACAAGUUCAAGAUCAACGGUGAGAAGUGCGAGUUUGGCCGCACCCGUGUCUUGUACUUGGGCCAUGAGAUAUCCGCGGAAGGGUUAAAGCCCGAUGACGCGAAGGUGGCCAGCAUUCGUGAUUGGGCACGUCCUCAGUCUGUGACUGAGAUGAGAUCUUUCUUAGGAAUGACAGGCUACUAUAGGACUUUUGUUAAGAACUAUAGCAUAGUGGCCGCUCCUUUGACUGAUCUGACCCGCGUUGACACCCCAUGGGAGUGGACAGAUGAGUGCGAUGCUGCUUUCAGACAUCUGAAGCAUGCGUUGACGCACUACGAGGUCUUGAAACUUCCUGAUCCUGAUAAGCCGUUUAUAGUCACCACGGAUGCCAGCCAAUAUGGCAUUAGCGCCGUGCUCGCGCAGCAGGAGGGACCAAAGUUGAGGCCUGUGGAGUACAUGUCCAAGAAAAUGCUGUCUCAAAAGUUGGCUAAGUCCACCUAUGAGAAGGAACUCUUAUGCGGUUUACAAUGCUCUGACCCAUUGGAGACACUAUCUCCUUGGGAGCGUUGGAUCGAAGUCAUUGAGCAAUAUGACUUUGACCCUCAGUAUCUGAAAGGGGAGUACAACAAGGUUGCUGAUGCCUUGUCGCGUAGACCUGAUUUCUCAGGUGCGCUGAUUACUGAGUUCGAUCUGACGGACAUUGUUACUCAGUCUUUGGUGGAAGCCUAUCGCGAGGACCAGUUCAUGUCUGAGAUCAUACGCAGACUUGAGGCGAAGGACAAGAAGACUUCUGCCGAGUUUGAGUUGGUCAAUGGCUUGUUGUUCCUUGAGAAGGAAGGGAAUAAACGAUUGUGUGUCCCAAAUAGCGAGUCUUUGCGUAGUUUGUUUUUAGUUGAGUCCGAUGAUGCCACCAACCAUUUUGGGUAUAAGAAGACCGCAGCCAAUCUGCUGCAGCGGUUCUGGUGGCCCACGAUGAUGCGAGAUGCUCAGCUAUACGUGGAGACUUGUCAAGUAUGUCAAAGGGACAAGCCACGUACUCAGGGUCCUCUUGGGCUUUUGAAGCCCCUUCCGAUUCAGGAACGGCCUGGUGAGAGUUUGUCCAUGGAUUUCAUGGAUACUCUGAUCACCAGCAAGAGUGGAAUGCGUCACAUCUUCGUCAUGGUGGAUAGGUUUAGUAAGUAUGCUAGGUUAGUAGCAAUGCCGGAAACAAUAAAGAGGGAGUACGUGAUCCGAAUGUUCAAAGAGAACUGGGUUAGAGACUUUGGUUUACCGAAGUCUAUUGUCAGUGACAAGGAUGUCCGGUUUACCAGCGAGUUGUGGAAGGCCGCUGCUGCAGAGCAGGGAACCCAGUUGCAAAUGACCUUUGGGAAUCACCCAAAGGCCAACGGCCAGGCCGAGCAACUGAACCGCGCUGUACAACACCUGUUGAGGCAUUACAUCAAGCCCAACCAGGUGGACUGGGAUGAGAAGCUUGCACUCAUCGCCAAUCUGUAUAACAACGCGGUGCACUGUGCCACCAGGGUUGGGGACAGAGUCUGGGUUAAGUCCUCAGAACUGGGACAGGAGCACGGGAUCUCGCGCAAGCUCAUGCCACAAUGCUUUGGACCUUGGGAAGUCUUAGACAUCGUUGGGACAGAUCCGGAUGGGCCAUCCUAUGUUAUCCGGAUCCCUGGUCAUCUUCGAACUCACCCUGUCUUUCACGCCUCCAAGCUUGCACCUUUCAAGGAAAGAAAUGAGUUUCCUUCUCGUCGCUCAAUGCUGCCCCCAACCAUGGAGGGAGAAGUGGACAUCGAUGACAUCGUGGAUCACAGGGAGCUGCCAGCUCAGAGACCUGCAGGAAGGGGACGUCCUCCGAAACCGAAGCUGCAGUAUUGCGUUCGGUUCAGAAAUCAUACUGAUCCCAAGGAGGACCGUUGCUAUGGCAUGCAAGAUGCAUUGCGCUGUUUGGCAAUGGCCAUUCGAGUCCUGCCAUCUGGCCAGCAAACCAUCACUUCGGACGAUGAGAAUGAUCUGACCUUCUUGGGACUGGUUGGUAUGAGAGAUCCCCCAAGGGAGGGUGUUUGUAGUGCGAUUGAGACCUGCCGCUCUGCAGGAAUCCGAGUCAUUGUUGUCACCGGAGAUAACAAGGCUACGGCCGAAUCUAUUUGCCGGAUAGUUGGGGUUUUGGACCGGUACUCCCAUUCAGAGGCAAGUUCUUUAACUGCUUCAGAGUUUGAUGAGCUUCCAGGCCACAAGAAGGCCCUUGCAGUCAAGAACCUUGCAGUCUUUUCAAGGGUAGAGCCUUCCCACAAGAGCAUGCUCGUGGAGGCCUUGAAAAUGCAGGAUGAAGUGGUUGCAAUGACAGGAGAUGGAGUGAAUGAUGCCCCUGCUCUGAAGAAGGCUGACAUCGGUAUCGCCAUGGGAUCCGGAACAGCAGUUGCAAAGGGUGCUUCCGAUAUGGUUUUGGCUGACAACAACUUCAAAACAAUUGUUGCGGCUGUUGCUGAAGGCCGUGCAAUAUACAACAACACGAAACAGUUUAUCCGGUACAUGGUUUCGUCAAACAUUGGUGAAGUCGUUUGUAUUUUCAUUGCGGCAGCUCUUGGAAUGCCUGAGACACUAAAUCCGGUACAACUGCUCUGGGUUAAUCUGGUUACUGAUGGUUUGCCUGCAACAGCCCUCGGAUUCAACAAACAGGACAAGGAUGUGAUGAGGGUGAGGCCACGGAAGAUUCUUGUACAGACAGUGUAUUCCGAACCUCCGACGCAGGUUGCCGUAACUGGGCAGCCUGCUGUCUCGCAGCCAACACAACCGCUGGGCACACAGCCCCAACAACAGUUAGUGCAGCAGCCUGCGCCCCAGGGUCUACAGUCGGGAGUGGGGCAGGUACCGAGACAAGGCCAGUGGGUUCCAAAGACGGCCAUCGCCGCACCCAAACCCUUCUCAGGGGACAAGAGGGGUGAAGACCUCGACACAUGGUCGAGGUCAAUGCAUGUCUACGUGAAGGACAAGUUGACCUUGCCACGCGAGAAAGUGCUUGUGGCUGCUUCCUAUCUCGAGGGGAGCGCAACACAAUGGUUAAGCGGGUUAGUGCAACUGCAAGGAUAUGGACACGACUUCCGCGCUUGGGCAGUCAACCAGAAACUGGAAGACUUUCUCAAGAUGGUGGAGGAUAGAUGGCAUGAUCCUCAGGAGGCCCAAAAGGUCACUGAUGCGAUCCCGAUUUUGAGCAAUAGACCGUUCAAAGUGCAAGGGUGUCGGUACUUCAGUAAGAUAGAUUUGAAGUCUGGGUACCAUCAGAUUGCAAUACGGCCCGAGGAUCAACACAAAACCGCUUUUCAGACCAGGUACGGUCUGUACGAGUUUGUGGUGAUGCCUUUCGGCCUUUGCAAUGCUCCUGGCACCUUUCAGCAUGCCAUGAAUCGGAUCUUUCAUGACUACUUGGACAAGUUUGUCAUCGUGUACCUUGAUGACAUACUUAUCUUCGGUAGGAUUGUCGAGGAGCACAUUGGUCACUUAGAUAAAGUCCUUAGUCUCCUACGACAACACCAAUUCACGAUCAAUGGGGAGAAAUGUGAGUUUGGCCGCACCCGGAUCUUGUACCUAGGUCAUGAGAUUUUUGCGGAGGGAUUGAAGCCCGAUGACGCGAAGGUGGCCAGCAUUUGUGACUGGCUGCGUCCUCAGUCUGUGACUAAGAUGUGGUCCUUCCUAGGGAUGACCGGUUACUACCGCAAUUUCGUUAAGAACUAUAGCAUAGUGGUCGCCCCUUUGACGGACCUGACCCGCCUUGACACCCCAUGGGAGUGGACAGACAGGUGUGAGGAUGCUUUCAAACAUUUGAAGCAUGCUUUGACACACCAUGGGGUUUUGAAACUUCCUGAUCUUGACAAGCCAUUUAUAGUAACCACGGAUGCUGGCCAAUAUGGCAUAGGCGUCGUGCUCCCGCAGCAGGAGGGGCCAAAGUUGAGGCUUGUCGAGUACAUGUCCAAAAAGAUGCCCUCUCAGAAGUUGGUGAGUGGAAUGCGAUAUGUCUAUGUCAUUGUGGAUAGGUUUAGUAAGUAUGUUAGGUUAGUCGCAAUGCCUGCAACAGCCAAGACUGAGUACGUAAUCAAGCUGUUCAAGGAAAACUGGGUCAGAGAUUUUGGAUUGCCAAAGUCUAUUGUGAGUGACCGGGACGUGCGAUUUACUAGUGAACUGUGGAAGGCUGCAGCUGCAGAACAGGGUACACAGCUGCAGAUGACCUCCAGGAACCACCCAGAGGCAAACGGGCAAGCAGAGCAGCUGAAUCGCGCUUUACAACACCCGUUGAGGCACUACAUUAAGCCCAACCAGGUGGACUGGGAUGAGAAACUGGCUCUCAUCGCCAGCCUGUACAACAAUGUUGUGCACAGCUCAACAGGGGUGAGUCCAAACAGCCUGCCACUGACAUUCAAGCCUAGACUGCCUCUAGACUUCCUACUACCCGAAAAUCAGCCGACAGCUGCACCUGUAUAUGUUGGUAUCGCUACCAUUGGAGGCUUUGGAUGGUGGUUCUUGUACAGCAGCAGUGGGCCCCAGAUGACUUGGUCCCAGCUGGUUUCAUUUGACAAGUGUGUCGAGGGUGCACAGAGCUACUCGUGCGCAGUUUUCCAUGACCGCCGGCCAAACACGGUCGCAAUGAGCGUUCUGGUGACCGUUGAAAUGUUCAAUGCGCUCAAUAAUUUGAGCGAAAAUCAAAGCUUGCUGAGAUUGCCUCCUUGGACAAAUCCUUGGUUGCUCGGAGCCAUCGUCACAUCAUUUGUACUGCACUUCUUCAUAUUGUAUGUUCCACCGGCAGCUGCCAUGUUCUCGGUAGAAGUCAAAGGGUAGGUCCCAGUCCAGUAAAGGUCCAGCAAUCAG